CUUCCCCUGUCUCUUUAUGUGCGGCUCAUGUACGAGAGAGGAGGAGCUGAUGCCUCCACCGCAAGAUCAUGUUUAUUAAAGCAGAUUUCACAGAAGUCUACAGCGGAACGAGGAACAUUGUUUUACUCUCUGUGAUCCUGGCAUUUUUGAACGGUGUGUCUGGUGAGGCAGCAGAAGCAAAGAAACAGUCAGUUUUGGAGGGAGAUUCUAUUACUUUACACACUUACCUUACUGAAAUACACAAGGUUGAUCUGAUGUUGUGGAUGUAUGGAGCUCAAAGCUCUAUUAUCGCUAAACUCAAUGGAAAAAGUCAGAGGAUUUCAUUUUAUGAUGUCGAUGAUGGGAGAUUCGGAGACCGACUGCAGCUGGACAUUCAGACUGGUUCCCUCAGCAUCAGUGACGUCAGGACCAAACACUCUGGAGAUUAUCAGCUAAAGAUCAUCAGUACUGAGACCUCUUACAAGACGUUCAGUGUGACCGUCCAUGAUGUGUUUUUUGCUGGGAUAACAAACAAGAAAGAGGGAGAAUCCGUUACUCUACAUACUGGUGUUAAUGAAAUACAGAAACAUGAUGCGAUUCUUUGGAUGUUUGGACCGUUGAUUCCAGACACUUUCGUAGCUGAAAUCAACAUUACAAUCCAUAAGAUCUCAUGCAGUGAUGACAGACUACGGCUGGAUGAUCAGACUGGAUCUCUGACCAUCACAAACACCAGAACCACAGAUACAGGAGUGUAUCAACUACAGAUCACCAACACUAAAGAGACCUUCUACAAGAGAUUCAAUGUUUUUGUUGCUGUUCCUGAGCCAGGUCCUUCUUCAGGAGGUUUAGCCACACUCUGUUUCUGUGUGCUGCUAGUUGUGGCUGCAGCUGUAACCGCUGGUGUGUGUUACUAUCGCCGCAAGUACUCUCGACUAAAGGAUGAAAGGAAGACAAAAGAAGUUACAGAGGGAGAUUCUGUCACUCUACACACUGGUAUAACUGAUCUACAGAGAUAUGAUAAAAUACUCUGGAGUUUCGGACCUAGAGGCUAUGUCAUCGCUCAAAUUUCUGUAAAGACCAAUGAGACCUCACUUGGAGAUGACGAGAGAUUCAGAGACCGAUUGCAGCUGAACAGUGAGACUGGAGAUCUCACCAUCAGAGACGUCAAAAUCACACACUCAGGAGAUUAUCAGUGGAAGCUCUUCAGCACCAGAGAGACCAAAUCCAAAAGAUUCAAGGUUGUUCUCUAUGUGGACUCACUACGAUUCUCAGAGGGAGAAAACGUCACUCUAGACACUGGUGUUAGUGAACUACAGAGGGAUGAUCAGAUUCUCUGGAGGUUUGCAUCUGAAGACACCAUUAUAGCUAAAAGAGAUAGAAACACCAAUCAAACAACCGAUCCUGAUGGGAGAUUCGGAGACAGACUACAGAUGGAUGAUCAGACUGGAUCUCUCAGUAUCACAAACACCAAAAUCACAGACUCUGGAGAUUAUCACCUACAAAUCAGCAGCAGAGAUAAAGUCUCGUAUAAGACGUUUAGAGUUACAGUAUGGUUGGAUACACUGAAAGUGACAGCGGGAGACUCAGUCACUCUAAACACUGAUAUAACCGACCUAGAGGAAGACAGUAAGAUACUGUGGACACAUGGAGAUAAUGACACUUGCAUUGCUAAAAUCAACAGAGCCACCGGUAAGACCUCAGUGUAUCGUGGUAAUGAUGUGAGAUUCAGGGACAGACUUCAGCUGGAUCAUCGGACCGGAUCUCUGACCAUCUGGAACAUCAGCAUCGCACAUUCUGAUGUUUAUAAACUUCAGAUUAUCAGCCACACAGGAAGGACUCAGUGUAUCGUGAUCAUCAGCCACACAGGGAAUAUAUGCAAGAGAUUUGCUAUUAUUGCCAAAGAAAACAAAGUGUCAGUGAUGGAGGGAGAUUGUGCCAAACUAAACACUGAUGUUAGUGAACUACAGAGAGAUGCUCUGAUACUGUGGAUGUUCGGCCCCAAAGACAAUCUCAUAGCUAAAGCUGAUAUAGAGAAUGAGAGGACAUCUACAUAUGAUGGUGUUGGUGGGAGAUUCAGAGACAGACUGGAGCUGGACCAUCAGACUGGAUCUCUGAUCAUCACAAACACCACAAUCACUGACUCUGGACUUUAUAAACUCAAGAUCAUUAGCAGCAGAGAGACCAAAUAUACGCAAUUCCGAGUUACUGUUCAUGGGAACAGAGGGAGAGAGAUAAACAGAGAAGAUGCUGUGGGAUCCUCUCCGAGAGAAAACUCAGAGCAGAUAGCAUUGCUUCAAAUGAACAUCGGCACUAGUGUUUGA